AUGUAUCAACCCGUGGAUCGCAUAAACGAGGGUAGUGAAACGGCGGUGUCGAAACCCCGGAAAUCCCGUCGCAAGAAGCAAAAAAACGCCACAGCUAAUUCCAAGGCAAAAGCUAUGGCAACUUCUUGUGGCGAGUAUCGAAAAGAAAUCCAAAAAUGUAAUACCCAAACUGGAACACAAGCGAUGAGUCAACAACCGUGUUCUGUACCAGCGAUACAAAAUCAAACUACCUCGAUGCGACCGAGAUCUCUCUACACAGCACACAGUUAUCACGCGCAGACAGAUGAAACUAAUUUCCAGCGGUACAGUGAAUUUUCUAAGUAUUUCGAAGCACCGCCGUCGGAGCAAUGGGGCGGAUUAGCUGGUGCAACCGCAUUUUCCAAUUCAACAGCACUCUGGCGGCAGCCGCGAAAUUCUAAAACUAUCGCACCGUGCUACGAGGAGACAUGUGUCUAUGCGGAAAAUUGGAGAGAACACGAGACCGAUGCUGCUAUUGUUACUACACCACAUGGUACAAUUUCAUUGAGACUCCAUAACCGGAUUCGGGUUGAUAUGACGAUCGAUCGUGCAGUUAGAGUAAUUAAUUUUAAGAAUAAUAUUGUACUAUCGUUGAGCGGUUCUGGAGCAGCUGCUGCAUUACUACAUCCAAAUGGAAGAAUAUAUCAGUACGGAUCACGAGUUGAAAUCUUGGCCCACGACGCCCACGGCAAUAACAAAUACGCAAAGAUGUGGUAUAAGGGGGUCAGUUUCACUUCGGAGCAAUGCGCUCUUGUUUAUUUAGUUGACACAGCAGGAACAAGAACAACUACAGAUUCAUUUUCGGAUAUGAGUCAGGACUUUUCUGUAAGCGUUUUUUACUCUCGUUCCCGGCAUGGUCCAGCAUGUUUACAAGAAGCUGCGGCAGCUUUAAACGCCGCUCAAUACUGGCUAACUAACGAGGGUGUAGAAAAUUGGAUUAUUAACAAUGUCAGAGUUUCCCAAACACCUGAUGGUCUUGUCAGGAUUGCCCGAAAUAGUAACAAGUAUCAAUUACGAACAUCACCUAGUAAUGGAACAGCUUCGUUAACAACACCAUUUUUACAUUGUACUGCCUCUCUUGGCCAAACUUCUCAUCUAUUUGUGCGUCGCGGUGAACGACGUAUGCAUUACGAUGGAACUAGUUUUAUUGUACGAAACGCGGGCCAUAGUGCUGGAUUUGACGACAACAACCAAUUGAAAGUUUAUUAA